CUGCCUCUCCUGUCUCCUGCAGCCUGUGUCCUGGCUCUGCAGCCUCCGGCUGUGCUUCGGACCGUCCCCUUUCCCUCCCCCGCCCCCGCCUAGGCACGACCCCUGGCUCAGGGCCUAGCGGUGGACGGGCACAGUGGGUACAGGUGGGGUCCCCAGCAAAGUCGACAGGUCUAGCGGGGUUCUCGCUCCACACUGGGGAUGCCUGGGCUGUGUGGACUGUGAAUAGGGGAUGCCUGUCUGUGGCUCUGAGGCCCGGCACAGCGCCCCACCCUGGGAAACAGAGGAAGGGGGCUCUUAGACCCGAGGCCAGGAGCUGAAAUCGAGUAGCUCACCCGGGAAACCCGAAGAGUCUCCUAGAGGGAUGUGCCCGGGGGGCUGUGUGUGACAUUCAGGGUGUGACUGUGCCUCAGUGGGGCGCGAGACCGUGUCUGGGAGGCUGUGUGACUGUUUCCCUAACCGCCCGCCUCUGGGCUGGGGUCCCUGUGCCUAGGCGGCUGUGCGUGACUGUGACACUGUGUGUGCCCGUUCCUGGGUCCCCGGCGGUCCCCGGGGAGGCGGGGGCUUAUUCGCCCCCCCACCUGGGUCUCCCCAGCGCUGUCGCUCAGCUAAGCGGGGUCUCCUCUGAGACCCCGGCGGCCGUUCGCGAGCUGCAACCUCGGCCCUCCUGGGUCCCGUGCGGGGGCGGGGAGCUCGGUCCCCUCCCUCUCGCCGGCUCCGGGCUAAGCGGCCGUGCGCGGGGGCGGGGGCGGAGGCGGAGCGCGCGGGCGGGAUCCCCCCCGCCUCCCCUUCCUGGUCCCCGGGAAAUCCAGCCUCCGUGGCUUGGCCGCCUCCCGCUCCCGCGCCCGCAGCCGCUCGGCGCUCGCUCGGGGCUCAGCAGCCAGCGUGGCCCCUCAGCCUGGGGCUCCGCAGUGCCGGGCCCCGUCCUUGCCCGCCCGCCAGCCGCCGCAGCGCCCCCGGCCCGGGCCGCCGGCACCAUGUAACCCGGCCGGAGCCCAAGCCGGGCCAGGAGCCAGUGGUCCUGAGCCUUCUGAAGUUAGGAUUCUGCCUGGCGGUGGGAAUCCUGACACCAAGGAUGGGACAACCCGGAUGGAGGUUCCUGGGGCCUGGCCCCCAGCACUAUGAAGAGCCCUUGCUGAGGCCAUGAGGGGUUAUCAUGGCGACCGAGGCAGCCAUCCCCGCCCAGCCCGCUUUGCCGACCAGCAGCAUAUGGACGUGGGCCCCGCUGCCAGGGCUCCAUACCUGCUGGGCUCCGGGGAGGCCUUCUCCACCGAGCCCCGCUUCUGUGCCCCAAGAGCUGGCCUGGGACACCUUUCUCCUGAAGGGCCCCUGAGCCUGAGUGAGGGACCAGCGACAGGCCCCGAGGGAGGGCCGGGAGGGGCUGGGGUUGGGGGGGGUAGCAGCACCUUCCCCAGGAUGUACCCUGGCCAGGGCCCCUUCGACACCUGUGAAGACUGUGUGGGCCACCCACAGGGCAAGGGUGCCCCCCGCCUGCCUCCCACACUUCUGGACCAGUUUGAAAAGCAGUUGCCCGUUCAACAAGAUGGCUUCCACACGCUGCCAUACCAGCGAGGGCCAGCAGGGGCCGGGCCCGGGCCAGGGUCUGGCACUACCCCGGAGGCCCGCAGCGAGAGCCCCAGCCGCAUCCGGCACCUGGUUCACUCUGUGCAGAAGCUGUUUGCCAAGUCCCACUCUCUGGAGGCGCCAGGGAAGCGGGACUAUAAUGGGCCCAAGGCUGAGGGCAGAGGUGGCUCCGGCGGAGACAGCUACCCUGGCCCGGGCUCUGGAGGCCUCCACACCUCCCACCACCACCAUCACCACCACCACCACCACCACCAGUCCCGGCAUGGCAAGAGGAGCAAGAGCAAGGACCGCAAGGGGGAUGGACGGCAGCAGGCCAAGGCCGCGGGCUGGUGGAGCUCCGACGACAACUUGGACAGUGACAGCGGCUUCCUGGCCGGUGGGCGGCCCCCUGGAGAGCCUGGUGGUCCCUUCUGCCUGGAGGCUCCAGAUGGGUCCUACCGGGACUUGAGCUUCAAGGGGCGCUCGGGCGGGUCGGAAGGCCGCUGUCUCGCCUGCACUGGCAUGUCCAUGUCACUGGACGGACAAUCGGUCAAGCGGAGUGCCUGGCAUACCAUGAUGGUCAGCCAGGGCCGGGAUGGAUACCCAGGGGCCGGGCCAGGCAAGGGGCUCCUGGGUCCGGAGGCCAAGGCCAAAGCCAGGACUUAUCACUAUCUGCAGCUCAGCGAGGAGCUGAACCAGCAGCUGGAGGCCGUGUGCGGGUCCGUGUUUGGGGAGCUGGAGUCCCAGGCCGUGGACGCCCUGGACCUGCCCGGCUGUUUCCGCAUGCGGAGCCACAGCUACCUCCGGGCCAUCCAGGCCGGCUGCUCUCAAGACGAUGACUGCCUGCCCCUCCUUUCUACCCCUGCCUCUGUCUCAGGGAGGCCCGGCUCCUCCUUCAACUUCAGAAAGGCCCCGCCCCCCAUCCCACCGGGAAGCCAGGCCCCGCCCCGCAUCUCCAUCACCGCCCAGAGCAGCACCGACUCCGCCCAUGAGAGCUUCACCGCGGCGGAGGGCCCAGCCCGGCGCUGCAGCUCCGCCGACGGGCUGGACGGCCCGGCCAUGGGCGCGCGCACCCUGGAGUUGGCGCCGGUGUCACCCCGGGCCAGCCCCAAGCCCCCCACACUCAUCAUCAAGACCAUUCCAGGCAGGGAGGAGCUGCGGAGCCUGGCGCGGCAGCGGAAGUGGCGGCCGUCCAUCGGGGUGCAGGUGGAGACUAUCUCAGACUCGGACACGGAGAACAGGAGUCGAAGAGAGUUCCACUCCAUCGGUGUACAGGUGGAAGAAGACAAGAGGCGGGCGAGGUUCAAGCGCUCCAACAGUGUGACAGCCGGCGUGCAGGCCGACCUGGAGCUGGAGGGCCUGGCCGGCCUGGCCACCGUGGCCACAGAAGACAAGGCCCUGCAGUUCGGACGCUCCUUCCAGAGGCACGCCUCUGAGCCCCAGCCCGGGCCCCGGGCCCCCACCUACUCAGUCUUCCGCACGGUCCACACGCAGGGCCAGUGGGCCUACCGCGAGGGCUACCCACUGCCGUAUGAGCCGCCGGCCACCGAUGGGUCGCCCGGCCCCGCCCCUGCCCCUAUCCCCGGCCCCGGGUCCGGGCGCCGUGACUCCUGGAUGGAGCGCGGCUCACGUAGCCUCCCCGACUCAGGCCGCACGUCCCCCAGCCCACGGGAUGGCGAGUGGUUCAUCAAGAUGCUGAGGGCGGAGGUGGAGAAGCUGGAGCACUGGUGCCAGCAGAUGGAGCGCGAGGCGGAGGACUAUGAACUGCCGGAGGAGAUCCUGGAGAAGAUCCGCAGUGCCGUGGGCAGCACACAACUUCUCCUGUCCCAGAAGGUUCAGCAGUUCUUCCGGCUGUGUCAGCAAAGCAUGGACCCCACUGCGUUCCCCGUGCCCACCUUCCAGGACCUGGCGGGUUUCUGGGACCUCUUGCAGCUCUCUAUCGAGGAUGUUACCCUCAAGUUCCUGGAGCUACAGCAACUCAAGGCCAACAGCUGGAAACUCCUGGAGCCUAAGGAGGAGAAGAAGGUCCCUCCGCCGAUACCAAAGAAGCCCUUGCGGGGCCGGGGCGUGCCGGUGAAGGAGCGCUCCCUGGACUCGGUGGACCGGCAGCGGCAGGAAGCGCGCAAGCGGCUCCUGGCGGCCAAGCGCGCCGCCUCCUUCCGCCACAGCUCGGCCACCGAGAGCGCCGACAGCAUCGAGAUCUACAUCCCCGAGGCCCAGACCAGGCUGUGACCGGCCCGGCCCGCCCAGCCCGGGCCCGGGCCCGCGGUUUUCUACCCGUACUGUACACCCAGCGUCGAGGUCACUGUGAACGCGGGCUGCCCCGUGCGCCCGCCCCGCCGGCACCGCACGCCCCGGCCCCUCCUGCCCGUCACGGUCUCGUGGGUUUUUUACCUUCCCGACCCCACGCGAAGGCGCCCGGCCUGGGCUGGGGGCCGUGCCUCUCCGCCCUGCGCUCCCACCGGGACCCCCCACCUUCCAGGUCCGACGCUUCGUCCCCACCUCCUCCCCACGGGCACCAUCUCUGCCAUUACCCCACGGGCCAGGCCGGGCCGGGUCCCCCAUCUGGGCUCUGCGUCCCCCCCACCCCGCGGGGCUGGGCUUCGUGGGGAAUCAAGCUUCGUGGCUUUUUAUGAAGACUCCCGAACCCCGCCUAGGAGCCCGCCCCACCCUCCCAGGGGCUCUACCCUCAGCCCUCAGCCCACCGGGCCCAGGGACCACAGUGGCUGGACCAACCCAGGACCAGGGCGCCUGGGCCUCUCCCCUUUCCCAGCUGCUGGGGAGGGGAGAUGGGGGCUUCCCCUCACCACACCUGUGGCUGUUCCCACAUCCCCUUGAGUAUCCCAGGAAAAAUAAAACGGCAGAACUGCACUCGAGCCAGCUGCUCUCUCCAGAAGGAGCCACCUCUGCCCGAGCCUGGGACAGGGGGUGGAGGGAGGAGAGGCCGGAGCCCAGGCUUUUGGUCUGGGGAGAGCGGGGUUGUCUGGGCCAGCUGGGGGAAUGGGGAUUCGGCCCCGCCGGGUGGCGACAGAGGACCUGAGCCCUCCUGGAGGGGCCCGGGUGGGUUGAAGGGGCCCGGGUGGGGUGAAGACGCCUGUCUUCCAAUUCCUCCUAGUUUAGUCCGGUUCCCUUUCUGCCUUCCAGUUCCCCAGGGUUCCCCCAGAGAGGGAAGCCCAGAGCCCAAUGCCUGACACACAGCGUGUGCUCCAUAAACAGGAGGGCUGCUGUUCUUCGAUAUGGGCAAAUAUUGGUUUCCUUUUCCCUAAGGGGCCACUGUUCUUUCCGCUCCAGAAAACUGUUCAAUUCUGUGCUGUCAUGUUUUCUGAUGCCUCCUGUGCAUGGGUAUACAUUGAUGGGGAACAAAAGAGAGAACAGAACUUUCCUGGGAAGCUCAGUGGCAUCCCAAACCUAGUAGUGAUGGCUAAUGUUUAUUGGAUGCUUGCUGAGCGUCAGGCAAGAUGAGAGUGCUUUACAUGAACGUAGCUCAUCCUUACAACAGAUGAGAAAGCUAAAGCCCAGGAGAGGUCAAGUGCCCUGGCCAAAGUCACAGGCAGGCCUAAGAGUGGUGGACCCAAGUCUGUCUAAUGUAAAUCCUGAGCAUUUAGCUCUAAAGCCUUUUGAGCCCAGAAGGAGUUGAAUGACAGCUCCUACCCACAAAGCCCUCUCUCUAGUCUUUGCGUUGACGUGGACUCUGAGGCAGGACGAAGAACCUUCCAAAAGGGUUGGCUGCUCUUCUGGGCCACACUGGACUAGCCAGUUCUUCUCAUUCAUGUAUUCAGCAAAUAUUUAUCAAGAACCACUGUUGGCCCUGUCCAGCACCUGAAGAUAGCUCUGAACAAGUUAGUUUCUGCUCUGUGGUGCUAACAGCCAUAUGGGAAAGACAAGUAAGUAAGCAGUUACAUUAUAAGGGUGAGUGCUGGAAAGAUGACUAGGUAUUAGCCACUGAAGGAGGGCGAGGGCUGGGAAGAAUGUUCAAGAUCAGAGAACAGCUGUGCAGAGGCUUGGAGGAGAAAGAGGUAUUGGGAGUGCAGAGGCUUGAUCAUGCUGGGCUUUUGGGUCAAUCUGAGGAAGGUGGGCCUGGGUCCUGAGGGCCACGGGGAGCCACAGAAGGGUUUUGAACAAGAGAGUGGCAUGAACAUAUUUUACAGGCUGGUCUGGAAGACCACCUGAAAAGCAAGAGGUCAUAUUCCCACACACACUCAUUUGAGACCACUGGGAGGUGAAGAGGGCUCCCGUGCGACCCGAAUUCCCAAAAGUGAAUCAGCCUGGAGCUCAUCCCAAACAGAUUCCUGGGCCCUGUGCAAGACUUAGUGAAGAGUCUUUGCUCUCAGAUGAGUUUUUUUGGCUUAUUUAUUUUGGCUGCGUUGGGUUUUCGUUGCUGUGUGCGGGCUUUCUCUAGUUGUGGUGAGCGGGGGCUACUCUUCCCUGUGGUGCACCGGCUUCUCAUUGCGGUGGCUUCUCUUGUUGCAGAACACGGGCUCUAGGCACAUGGGCUCAGUAGUUGUGGCUCGCGGGCUCUAGAGCGCAGGCUUAGUAGUUGUGGCACAUGGGCUUAGUUGCUCCACGGCAUGUGGGAUCUUCCCGGACCAGGGCUCGAACCCGUGUCCCCUGCAUUGGCAUCAGAUUCUUAACCACUGCAUCAUUUUGAUGGCAGCCAGGUUUGGGAAUACUGAAAUUGGAUGACUCAAAGUUUCAACUAGAAAUGUUCAUAUGUCUAUUUCCCCCAGAUUUGCCAAGUGGGGCACUGGCUGAGUGACUAUCAUCCUGAGGUUCAGUUUUCUCGAAAAUGGGGAGCUGGGAGAGGUUUGAACUAGACAAUACUCAGAGCAAUCCUAUGAAGCAGGUAUUGUUAUCACCCCCAUUUUACAGAUGAGAAAACCGAGGCUUGGAGAGGUUCAACAACUUAGCCCAAACCACGAAGCCAGGAAGUAGCUGAGUCCAAGUUUAACCUCUACAUUAUAUAGAUUUUUAUGGGUCUCUGUGUUUUCCCAGAAACUGGGCCAGGCUUGCAGGGACCAUGAGGUAUAUGGGAAUGGACACGGAGAGCCGGGUAGCAUCCAAGACUGUGUGGGCAUCCUGCUACAGAUGUGAUGUCUAAAAUCUCCCCUUGUGGGGCUAAUGUAGGGGGCAUGUGGGGAGUCUCCUUAGGGUAUUGUGGCCUAGGUAGUUGUGCUGGGCUCCAUGGACAUGUGAAGGAUUAGAUCCAGUCCCUGUGCCUGAGUUGCUCCCAUCUGGCCAUAGCAAGGCGCAUAAACACAAAGUUAUGGUACAAAGGGAGGCCUGCUCUCCCAGAGGGGCUGAAGAGACCAGAGGAGGGAGCCUCUAGCAGCCGGCGAGUCUAGGAAACCUUUCUGCAAGAGGAGCCUUUUGAACUGGGUCUUGCAGGAUGAAUUAGAGUUUUGUAGUCAGGGAUGAGGAGGGAAGACAUUCAUUUCAGGCAAAAGGACCGACCAGCUUAGGCAAAGGCAUGGAAUGCUAUGUGUGUGUGGGAUAAUGGGAAGAGCAGAGACUGGAGAGAGGUGACAGGCUAGAACGGGUAGAGGGGAAAUAAAGGAGAUGUGGCUGGAAGGGAGCCAUGGGUUUAAGUUGGAGAGUCCAUGCUUUUAUUUAAGUGUUUGAAAGACUCUUUGGCCAACAGAAUAGAAAUGGACUGGAGGAGGCAAUGGAAGGCAGAGAGACCAUUGAAGGGAGUUGCCAAGGUGGUCCAGGUAAGAGAUGAUGAUGAAUUUGAGAGACAUUCAGGAAGCAUUGGUGCUAUAAACUGGAUCUGGGGAAUAAUGCAGAGAUGAAGAGGCCUUGAGGGUGUCACUCAGGUUUUUGGCUUGGUGAGUAAGUAAUGCCAUAAAUGGACAUAGGACAUUACAGAAGGAGGAGUAAAUUUGAGGAAUACUAAACAUGCUGGUGAUCAAUUACCAAGCACUUAGAAGGUGCCAUAUACUGUAAAUGCUAAGCAUUUUAUACACAUUAGGUGAUUUAGUACAGAACAACCAAAGGGGGGUGGGUACUAUUACUGUCUUUUUUAAAACAAUGAGUGUAAACAGCUUUUCUGAGAUUAGCAGGCAGCAGGGUUAGGAUUUGAACCCACAACUCUCUGAUUCCUAAAUCUGUGCCCUGCAGCCCCACUCAGUUCUGCCUGACAGAACUGCUAGCCACUACUCGAGACUUAGCUCAAGGGCAGGUUCCUCUGGGGAGCCUCCCCUGAUUCUUCCUGGGGCUCCUUCUCUGUGCUACUUGUGCAUGCUCCCGUCAUCACAUUUCUCACACUCUCUCGACAUUUUGUAGACCCCUCUGCUUCCCUGUUAGUCAGACAACUCUUGGGGGAAAACACGGUCCCAGUCAUCUUUGCAUCCCCAAUGCCUAGCACAUGUUAAUUGGCUGACUGAAUGCUAGUUAUUCUGGGCAAUUCUGUUCCCUUGUCCUCCCUCAGUGAACACGUUCUGCUAAUAAUGGUUUCGUACACAUUUCUUUAUUCUUUAUCUGUUCCUUUUUCUCCACCUCCAUUGUCAGAGCUUAGCAUUGAGAUCUUUGAGAUCAUAAAGGAAGGGAAUCUACCCUGAUAAUGCAAUCUAGGAGGCUUCCUACCAAGGUGUCCCUUGAGCUUGAAAAACAAGACAGAGCUACUUUGGUAAAGAAAGGUGGGAAGGGCACUCCAGGUAGAUGAAAAAGCAUAAAUAAAGGCACAGAGGUGUGAAACAGUUUGGUCUGCGUGGGGGAGGGGAAUAGGAGGGGUUUAGUAUGUGUUACCAAAGGUAAAUAAGUACGCCUGCCUGAGACUAGUGGAAUGAAGGUGGAAAGACAGGGCUAGGUGGGGGUGUUAUGGAGCUUAAGCUUUGGUGUUUUUUUUUUCUAUAUGUGUUAAAGUAGACAUCUGUACAGGGCGCAGUGGGGACACAGAGGAGGCAGUGAAUACUUGCACCUAAGGGGUCAAGUAAGACAGGUUUUACUAUAUUUCAAUUAUUUGUAUACUAACAAUAGUACCAUUUAUUUCCCUGCUUGUUAUGUGCCAGCACAGCACUUUGCAUACAUUGUUUCAUCAACUCUCACAACAUCCUGUGAAAUAGGUGUUAUUACCUCUAUGCAUAAGAAGGAAAGGAGGCUCAGGCAGAUUGACAAUGUUCCCAAGGUCACGCUGCUGGAAAGCUAGCCCAGACCGGAAGAGUUCUUCAGAGUUCUAGAUUUUACUCUGCUGAGACCUUCUUGAGGUCAAGGAUCAUGUUUUUUAUUUUUCUGUGCCCAGACCAAGGUCUUAGAAGAAGCCUAAUAAACAUCAGUUGAAUACA